UGGCGGCGGGAGGCAAGUCUCGCGAGAAGAGGUCGGCGCCGUAGCGGAGCGCUCGGGCUGUGUGUGGGUCUGUGUGUGAGCCUGGGCCGCGGACGGUUUGCUGAGCCCGUUAGUGCCCCCGGCCGAGACUCUCGCCGCCGCCAUGUCCCGCUACCUGCGCCCCCCGAACACGUCUCUGUUCGUCAGGAACGUGGCGGACGACACCAGGUCUGAAGAUCUACGGCGUGAGUUUGGUCGCUAUGGGCCUAUAGUUGAUGUGUAUGUUCCACUUGAUUUCUACACUCGCCGUCCAAGAGGAUUUGCUUAUGUUCAAUUUGAGGAUGUUCGUGAUGCUGAAGAUGCUUUACAUAAUCUGGACAGAAAAUGGAUUUGCGGUCGUCAGAUUGAAAUACAGUUUGCACAGGGGGACCGGAAGACACCAAAUCAAAUGAAAGCCAAGGAAGGGAGAAAUGUGUACAGUUCUUCACGUUACGAUGAUUAUGACAGAUAUAGACGUUCCAGAAGCCGAAGUUAUGAAAGGAGGAGAUCAAGAAGUCGGUCUUUUGAUUACAACUAUAGAAGAUCUUAUAGUCCUAGAAACAGUAGACCGACGGGAAGACCUCGCCGUAGCAGGAGCCAUUCCGACAAUGAUAGAUUCAAACACCGAAAUCGAUCUUUUUCAAGAUCUAAAUCCAAUUCAAGAUCACGGUCCAAGUCCCAGCCCAAGAAAGAAAUGAAGGCUAAAUCACGUUCUAGACCAAACUGCAGCUGGAAUACCCAGUACAGUUCUGCUUACUACACUUCAAGAAAGAUCUGAAAGCGGAAAAAGAACCAAAGAAGGGCAGUUCAAGCGACCAAAGGGUGGGUGGAAGGUGCUGCAGUAUGAAUACUGUACGAAUAUUUUGACUCUGGUCUGAAAAGAUAAGAAUUAUCGAAAACUACAUGGAAUAAUUGAAGUCCCUUCAAGUUUGAAAGUAAGCAUUUUAGGACAAAUAAAAGGAAGUUCAACUUUGUACUUGUGGAAACUAAUCCCUAAAUAUGAAUAGGUUUAUAUUGAUUCAUGGGUAACAGGUCCGUAAUAAAUUAUUGGAAACUAGGAUGUCUGAAUAUCAAGGAAGACAGCCAUAGUCUAUUACAGUGCCUCUGUUGGUCUGUCUCCAACUGAAUUGGAUGGGAAAAGGUAAGGUAUGGUCCAGUGUAAGCUUUUUGUGGGUUAUCCUUAAAAUUCCAUUUUUGCCAUUAUUGGCAAACCUUGCCUUUGUUUAUUCUGGUGCCAGUGUUUUCUGCUUAAUCGUUUGCUUUUUGGCAUCUGAGUAUAAUUGCUUAUAUACCAAUACAUUUGACUUCUUCAACCACUUUUUCCCACGUAGAUUCCAGUUAUACUUGACAUCCAGCUGAGAGGGCCCAUCUCUUCUCAACUCUUUCCUGAUCAGUAUGUUCAGUGAAUAUUUAUUGAGCCCUUAACAGUGGGCAAAACUUUAUACUAGAUAAUUGGGUAGAAAAAUAGGUAAUUUCCAUAUUCAAUAAAUGUCUACUGAGCACAAUCUAGUGAAUCAUUACAUGUGGCCUCAUUGUUUUCCUUGAGGUGUAGUAUUUGUGAGUAUAUUACACCAUUUACAUUUUAAUGUAAUUAUAAAACCCAGUAUGCUAUCAAAGAUAAGUAAUUUUGUGGUUAUCUGCCUUUAAAAAAAGUAUCCAGUAUUUGUUUGCAUCCCAUUAAUACAAAUAAUGAAAAAUAAUUUGUUUUGAUCUGUAAUAAACUGAUUUAUUGUGCUGUUACUGUAAUAUAUUAAAGUAAUAUUAAAUUGUUAA